CUACGGCUCGCCUAUCAUAGCCCGCGGGGACCGUGAACACAUCACAGCUUCCUGUCCGCAGUAUUCGUCAACACAGUAACUACUUGGAACUUGGGCUGCUCCCAUCCCAUUAACGUACUCGACGUCGUAAGGUCGAGAGUCGAGACUCGAUGCCCCUUAAGGUUCCACUAGUGUUCGAGCUGCCAGUCAACAUCCGCCAUGGAUUCCGCAAAGCUGAAGACGACGACUGCGACGACUGCGACGACUGCGACCCGCACCUUUGGUCGUUCGACGCAAAUCACUCGUCGAUACCUACACGCAUUACCGGUUAUGGCCGUGCGCACGAGUCCCGCCGGGUACGGCUUCACCGCGCUACGAAUGCUGCAACUCCUCGUAUUAUUCUCGAUCCUCCCGCUACUCUCGAACUUCAUGAUCAGCCUCGACCGGCUCGACGCGAUCCCGCCGUACCAGCUACUCUUCACUCUGAUCAUGAGUCUCGCGGGGGUGGCCUACUUCCUAUCCACGGCGAUCAUGCACAUGCUCGGGCGCGGGAACAGUUACACGACGUUCGUACUCCUGGACGGGGUAUUCCUUGUGCUCUUCAUCGUGGCGGCGGUGAUCCUUGGCGCGCCACUGAGCGGGCUGGACUGCGGCGAGGUCGCCGAGAAGGGCCACCACAUCUCGAGCCUGAUGCUGAUACGCUACGACGGCGACGGCAACGGCACGUCAAGGUUCGACGCUGAGCACUUCGGCGCACUGCAGAUCGGCGGGCUGGACCUGCCCGCCGUCGGCGAUAGCUAUGCCGAUGGCCAGCAGAGCGCGGGGAACUACGAGCAGUGGAUUGGGAGGGUCGGGGGGAUUUGUAGGCAGAUGAAGGGUGCGUGGGCCGGCGCGAUGGCACUGGAUGUCCUACUCGCUGGAAGCAUCGUCGCGGCGUAUCUGAUCAGGAGGAGUGUGAGGAAGCUGCCAGAGUUUGAGGAUGACGAGGGCGAUGAGGUCGGGUUUGCGAUGCCCGCUGCUGCGGCGGACACGCCGAGAUUGGAUGGUGGAGAAGGAGAGCCGUUGAACGGCCGCGAUGGGGCAGGGAGAAGUCAAUGGGGUGGGAGUGACCGGCCGGAUUCAGCGGGUGGGAGUGACCGGCCAGAUUCACGGGGAGAAAGUGAGCGGCCGGAUUCACGGGGAGAAAGUGAGCGGCCGGAUUCACGGGGAGAGAGUGAGCGGCCAGAUUCAGUGGCGGGAAACAAGUGUCCGAGUGCGCUGUCGGCAGUGUAUCUUGAGACCGCCCACGGCCGUCCGAAUGGAAAACUCCCGGUAGACGGCCCCUCGCCGGUCUGGACAGUCCCGUUGAGUGCCAUCAGCAGAUGA